UCAGGUUUAUGUUGGUAAUGGCCAUUUCAAAAACGGAGUAUUUCUUAAAAUCACAUCCUUAAGCCUCUCGGGGUGUGGCGGGUUAGUGUCAGUUGGCCCAUUUCCUAAAACCAGCAAUGUUUCAAAAGAAAUAAGGGAUGCUGCAUUCGAGAAGUUUGUAGCACAGAAUCGCACAUUUAGGGAAAAACAUAAAAGCCCCAACAAUUUCGUUCUUGUGUAUCCAGACGGAACCUUGGUUGACAAAUUACCUGGGUCACAAGAAGACUUUUCACUGCUGGGGUAUAGGAACAGUAUAGAUCCCCACAAACGAUUUGAUCGGCUCAGACUUUAUCUGUGUCGUAAAGAUGAUUACCGUAUGAACCAACCCUAUGUAGUGGUGACAGACUCAAGUUCGUCAGAUGAAUCAUUACCCACUCUUUAUAGUUCCACUCCUGUUAGUUCCACCCCUGUCAGCAGCCAGGGUAAUGACACUUUACAACUGACAGUCGAAGUGGUUUUUUACUUCCGAGGAGAAACUUUCUCCGAGAAUUUUCCAAAUAAUUCUUCUAUUGAACAUCUUGUCAACUUUGCGGAGGGUAAAUUAAAUUUGAAGCCUAUAAAACUAAAAUCAAGAGAAAAUGGGAAACAAUUUGAAGGUGCAGAGAGAUUAAUGGAUUUGAUGCCAGAAAAUAGUGAAGGUCACCAAAUUGAAGUGGACGUGGAACCUUUACACAGACGUCUGGGUGGUGAUAGAAUGGAUGUACCUGUAUCUGAUGAGGAAACGCUGAAUCAGCCAAUUCCCGCGACAGCAGAGAGUGACGAAUGUACAGUAGCGUCAGCACUAGCGGAAAAAACAUUACAGUGA